GUUCAACGUAUACAAUGCUAGAUAUUUGUAUUAUUCUUAAGUAUACCAUAAGUAUCAGUAGGGAAAUCACAACUGAUGUCUUCUACCUUUAACCUUGAUAUAUAGUAACAAUUAGGUUAUAUUGUUAAAGGCUGAGAAAUCAGAUAGUGCAUAUUUAUGAAAUAUGGCUGCUAAUACGAUUGUAUAAUAGACGUCGCCUACUAAUCCAUAUAGCAUAGACAUCAUAAACUGUUUUUUUAGCAGAUCACAAAUUAAAUAAGCUAGCUUAAGCUCACGAACAAUCCAAACUGAACUGGCUCUUUAGGUAGUACUCCAUUAACGAGCUGAGUUGAACGGGCUUGUUAGCCAGAGCCGAGCCGAUGUGAGGUGAGCCUGUCCGAGGCUUCUCAUCCGCGUCGCAUGGACUCGGGGUCUCGUGCUGUCGCGGUGUCGCCAGCCAGCCGCCUCCCGCAUCGCCUCCAAGGCUCUCCAACCGGGGCGCCUGCCUAACCGGCCGAUUUCCUUCCUUGCGUAGCUCCAUUCCACUGCACAAACAGCGCGCCACUUUCCCAAUUCCCGUCGCGUGGCCUCCUUCCGAUCCUGGCCACUUUGUGCGUCCUGUAGCGAGGGGGUGAUCGGUGAUGGACUGGGGGAACAGGACCAAGGCCGCCGCCGCCGCUGCGGCGCCGGACGAGAGGGCCGGGGGAGGGGAAGGGCUCGGAGGAUACGUCAAGGUCAUGACCGACGAACAGAUGGAGGUGCUCCGCAAGCAGAUCUCCAUCUACGCCACCAUCUGCGAGCAGCUUGUCGAGAUGCAUCGCGUCCUCACCGAGCACCAGGACACCAUUGCAGGUUUCAUUCAUCGCUGUUGCCUGUUGGUCUUCUGUUCAAAUUAUGUAGUCUCCCUUCUCCAUUUGGUGAAGAGUGAAGGAUUGAGGUUUAGCAAUCUGUACUGUGACCCUCUAAUCAUCCCCGGCGGUCACAAGAUCACGGCAAGGCAGCGGUGGCAACCAACACCGAUGCAGCUGCAGAUCCUGGAGAGCAUCUUCGACCAGGGCAACGGGACACCGAGCAAGCAGAAGAUAAAGGAGAUAACAGCGGAGCUCUCGCAGCACGGCCAGAUCUCGGAGACGAACGUGUACAACUGGUUCCAGAACAGGCGGGCACGGUCGAAGCGGAAGCAGGCCGCUGCUUCCUUACCGAACAACGCCGAAUCCGAAGCCGAGGCGGACGAGGAGCCUCUCGCCGACAAGAAGCCGAAGUCAGACAGGCCGCCGCCGCCGCCGCCGCCGAUCCAGGAUAAUACCAAGGCUACGGGCGCUCUCAGCGCCGACAGGGUCUCUGGUGGGACGCGUCACUUGGACACGGGUCAUGACCAGACCAGUGGCGUGAUGUAUGGGUGCAACGACAGUGGCUUGUUGAGAUCGUCCGGCAGUUCGGGCCAGAUGUCCUUGUACGAGAACUUCAUGUCGAAUCCAAGAAUCGAUCGUUUCCCGGCGAAGGUGGAGAGCUCCCGGAGCUUCCCCCAUCUCCAACAACACGGGGAAGGCUUUGGCAUGUUUGGAUGACAUGCAUGCUGCUGCGCUGAGUUGCCGUGUGAAAAAUGGAGGUCGACACAGCGUGCGUUCGAUUUGCUGACGUGAAAGUUUUAUCUUGGAUGGUACGUGUUGCUUAUCACGGUCUGGUUGACCACCUCCGCGGAUGGUAGCUAGCUAGCUUGAACGAACCUGCUCUUUUGGAGUAGCUGUAAGAGGUUGAUAUAUAGUAGUAUUUGCACGUAGUCUAAUUACUCUAAAUUAUCAGCAUAUAAUUCUUCAUGUUUGCAGAUUUAGCACGAGACCAGUCCUACGCUGCUGCUGCUGAGCAGCAGGUUGUGGUUAAACCUUCGUUUCGCGUGUGUGUGUGUGUGAAA